AUGAUAAAAAAAAUAAAAGAAAUUCAGGAAACCAAACCAAAUUUAUUCUAUGUUUGAUCGGAUUGCAAGCUCUUUCUGUCUAUUUCAUUUUUACAUCAUCGGACUUUGAAAAUAAGCUCGUUUGGGUACGCAAUUGCUUUUGUAAUUCUUACGUGCGCAAAUGCAUUUCACACUUAUUUUAACGUUUCCAAAUUUACUAUUAUUAUUUUUGCAGCAAUAUUUACUUUCGAAGUGGCCUCCUUUGAAUUUGUGAAAAUUCCAUAUCAAGCUACUCAUUUAGCAUAUGCAUUUUCAAGCAAUAAGCCAUUUUCGUCUAAAUAUCCACCACGCAUUUUCCCAAGUGUUUUUUAACUACAGUCUAAUUUUUCAACUACACCCGAACUUUUCAAAUCAAAGGAUAUAGCAGACAAUUUCAUUAA